UUCAUAUAAAUUUAUCCAAAUCUAUAUUUAUGACAUCUUGAUCAAUGAAGAUGAAAGACAAAUCCAUCAAUAUGGAUGUUCAAAGUAUUAUUUGGACUUUUUUGCUAAUUCACGGGUAUUUUUGUUUAUCAUUUGCAGAAACGCACGAUUUUUGUAAAAUGGAGCGAAUUUUGACUAAUCGAUUUGAGACAGAAUGUGUUCUAUGUUCUAAAAAUUCGGACACAGAUUGUCCAAGGAAUGCAACGAAACUAACUACAGACAACGGACAUAAAAAUUGUCAGUUAGAUCUCAAUAUGGGAAACGAAACGGAUCCCCGGAUUAUCACUACGACGGGAUGUUCUCAUAUUUGUUUGGAAAAUAUUCCGGACCCGUACUGCUGCGAUGGCUAUUAUGGUCCCAACUGCUUGGCAUGUCCAUCCUACAACUGGAAGACUUGUAAUGACAGGGGCACCUGCAAUGAUACAAUAACCGGAAGUGGCGAGUGCUUGUGUGAAGCAAACUUCACGGGAUAUGCUUGUGAGAAAUGUUCAGAAAAUAAUGUGUAUGGCGAAAAUUGUACAGAAAUCUGUGACUGUGUAAAUGGGGAAUGUGACAGCGGAAUUCUAGGUUCCGGAAGAUGUGAUUGCUACUCAGGAUGGAAUGGAGACAGAUGCGAUGAAGAGAUCAAUGGUUGUGACUACAAGAACUGUAGCGAGAACUCCCGCUGUGUACAGGUCGAGGGCUCCAACUACACCUACUGUUCCUGUAACCAAGGCUAUGAGCGGAACGUUACCGCCACGGAACACACGUGCAAUCCCGUGGACAUGUGUGAAAAUGGCAAACACAAGUGUAGCCAAAACGCAAGCUGUAUCUUUACCGGACCCGCACAGCACAACUGUUCCUGUCUAGAGGGGUUCCGAGGAGAUGGUUACGUGUGUACUCCUAUCGAUCCCUGCCAAGAGAUGUAUGGCGGCUGUAAUUUUACGACGUCGAUAUGUACUUACAGGUCUCCAGGAAAGAGAGACUGUGUUUGUAAGGCCGGAUAUGAGCUCUCCUCCAAUCAAACAUGCGAGCUUAUCGACUUGUGUUCGACCAAUAGCAGCCUUUGUGACAAAAAUGCUGAUUGCAGCAUGAUUGGGCCCCUGCAACACGUAUGUAUAUGCCAUGAGGGUUAUGCCAGUGCCGGACAUUAUUGCAUUAACAACUUACUGGGCGUCUUGGAAGAUAUACACAACAGCGACCCUGACCUUGAGGCCAAAAUGACCUGGUCCAUCAAGCUGGUCAAGAACAUCUAUCACGACGAGUUCCGAUACCACGGUCCGUUCACUGUGUUCCUCCCCACAGACUAUGGGUUCCGGACGAUUUACAGAAAGAUGGAUAUAGACGAGUUUUUAGCUGACCGAGACACAGCUGGCCAAAUUUUACGACAACACAUCAUUGUCGGAAAGUGGACAAUGGAGAAUCUGACCCGUAUGGACACCUUUUACACUUUACAAGGAACCGCGGCGGAGAUACAGACCAAAUCGCGUGGAGAGAUUUCCUAUCGGUACAGACUGAGUGGAUCAAGAGCCAGGUCUUCUGUGGUUAAAGAGGACAUUGCUGCGUCUAACGGAGUCAUCCAUGUCGUCCAGAAGCUACUGACCAACUCGGCCGACGUCAAGGGCGAUAAUUCGAAAACCAUCUUCACUCUGCUCAAAGAAUCCAGGCGGUAUAACAAGAUGGAAUCCCUCAUAAUUAGGGCAGGUCUUCAAGCCGAAUUUGAACAGGACAACAUCACUGUGUUUGCAUCCAGUAACAGUGCUUGGGAGAGUCUGCCAGUCGGUGUUCUGGAUUAUCUACAAAGUGAUGAAGGACUACGUUCUUUGCAGCUGAUUUUACGACAUCAAAUUGUUAAUGAAACAGUUGAGGUGGCGGAUCUCAUCAACAGACGAACGAUUCAGACCAACAGUAAAUCAGUCGUCCCGAUUCUCAUAACGACCCAGGGUCAGAUUCGGUUAGACAGAGAGACCAACAUCACACAGACAGACAUACCGGCGUCCAAUGGCUUGUUUUACCAUACAGAUAGCGUGCUCCUACCGAUGGAACGAGACGAAAUCCUGCCGGGCAUCUGUGGUUAUGAAAACACAACCGAAGAGGAACCGGGGUACUGUGGACCGUGUUUUGCAGAUCUGCAAUGUGAAAAGGGUGACCCCACAGGAGAGAUAGACAGCUGUACAUUACGGAAGGCGAUGGUCAAAAGACACCCUGACACGGGUAAACUGCUGCUUUGGUUCACCACAAGUACAGGCUGCCGGGCAACCUGCAACAUCACAAAAUCGACAUCAACCUGUUGUCCCGGAUAUUUUGGCGCCAAAUGUGCCUUGUGUCCCGGCGGAUACAAGAACGAGUGCUCCGGAAAAGGAAAGUGUACUGACGGAAAAGAUGGGAAUGGGACCUGUGUUUGUGACGAAGGUUUCAUGGGUCCCGCUUGUGACAUGUGCUCCGAUCCGAAGAAAUUCGGACCAGGAUGCAACCAAACUUGUACGUGCGUCCAUGGGAAUUGUAACAAUGGACCCGAUGGAGAUGGUAAAUGUAAAUUUUGUUACACACAGUCGUUCUUUUGGAGUCGUCGGCCGUCCCGGUAUGUUGGAGAAAACUGCGACCUCAUCCCCAAGCCAUGCUAUGGCAGUCUUCACACGAAGAGGUGUCACAUUGAUUCGUCUUGUAUUCGAAACGGGACAGACUUCCGCUGUGUGUGUGAUCCGGGUUAUGAAGGAGACGCCGACGUACAGUGUAAACCCAUCAACCCCUGCGAGAAACCUCACAGAGGCGGCUGUCACCGGCAGGCGGUAUGCAAGAUGGACGGACCGGGCGGGAACACGUGUACGUGUAAUGAGGAGUGGACGGGAGACGGGAGGUACUGUUACCCUGGGUCAGAGUGCGGGGAUCACCAGCACUGUCACACCCAGGCCACCUGUAGGACGGACCCCUCACACAACACGUCUCUUUGUUGGUGUAACGAUGAUUUCCAUGGCAACGGAACGUUCUGCAUUCCAAACAAUAUGUGCAAUUACCACAAUGGCGGUUGCCACUCAAAGGCUGAUUGUACUCCUCUGGCCCCUGGUCUCAAUAACUGCACGUGUCAGAGAGGAUAUGCCGGGGACGGGGUGUUCUGUAUCCCUACCAUCUACGAACUAGUCAUUAACCACCCAGAUCUGACAAAAGUAGCUUCGUUCCUCACUCUGUUGGGAGGUGACAGUAUAUUACAGUACACUUUGGACAGCUAUACCUUCUUUGCGCCCACUGACGCCGCCAUGGACUUCUUGACCAGGCGCAGGGAACAGGACUUCUUUUCUGAUGAAGACAAUGUGCUAAGUUUUAUAAACUAUCAUACUGUCCUGGGAGAAAAUCGAGAAGAAGAGCUGAAGGCUUCCGUGGACGUGAUAGAACGGUUUAACACGUUGUCUGACGGUUUCUUUCUCCAUUUUAAAGUAGAAAAUGGGACAGUUGUGUUGUCAACUAAUAACAAGUUUGUUAUUACGGCCAAUAUUGUGAAGAGUAACCUAGUGGCUGCCAAUGGAUUCGUCCACAUUAUCGACCGGGCUCUCGAACCCGAGCUUGAAUACAACGGAAUGCCUACUCUGGACGAGUUUCUGAACACCAGCAAAGACACCACGGAAUUCGCUGGAUGGCUAGAGACAAAAGGUUUGGUGGAGGAAAUCAUGGACAUGAAUCAAUACACGCUGUUUUUACCGUUGGACGAGAAGUUUGAAUCAGAAGAACUCUCCCCUACUUAUAUAACCAGCGACUAUUUACGUUUCUACAUCUUACCCGUCAUACGUCUGGCGGAAUCGUUUGACGACCAAGAGACUGUAGACACGGUUUUAGGGCCCAGACACAAGAUCAGCAUGGAAGUCAUUGGUAAAAAGGUGUUUUUAAAUGGAGAGCAAAUGAUUGUACAGAGCAACUUUCUGACAGAUGGGGGAGUGGUUCAUAAAAUCGCUGGAUAUAUUCAUCCUAAUCUUCGCACUUGCGACGUCAUCAAUAGAACGGUGGUCCACAGCGCGUGCGUGCCUUGCGAUAUCGGACAUUACCAGUGCCCGGAUGGUUACACUGUAGAAUCCGGAACCACUACCAAGGGUUGUGUCUAUUCUAGUGGAGAAUCUCAAUAUAAAGGCUGUAGCUCCCUUUGUUCCAGAGAACAGACGGAUUUGGGGUGUUGUGCAGGUUUCUAUGGCAACAAUUGUGAAGCUUGUGAGGGCGGGUCGGAGUUUCCGUGUAAUAAUAACGGUAACUGUAGUGACGGAGUGGGUGGUGACGGAACGUGCACGUGUUUCCCUGGUUACACCGGAACUUCCUGUCAGCUGUGUGUCAACAGUACGGAUAACUCGACUUCAGAAUGUGCCAGAUCUUGUGCUUACCAUAACGGUGGCUGCCAUGAGAAUGGGACCUGCGAAGAGUACGCCGGAAGUGUAACCUGCACAUGCCCACAAGGAUACGUUGGAGAUGGACAUCACUGUGUGAGGCCAUGUGAUGACAAUAACGGCGGAUGUCACCCAUUGGCCGUGUGCAGAGAAAUAAGUGAAAAUACAACAGAAGUUGAUUGUUCCUGCGAGAUAAAUUAUACAGGAGAUGGAAUCGACUGUGUUUUAGCCGAAAAACGGUCAUCAAGUGUAACGGCCGGUGCCUCGGUUGGAGGACUGAUUGGCCUUCUGAUCAUCAUCGGAGUCAUCAUCUUUUUCGUCAUACUCAUACGGAGGCGGCGUCACGCCGAGUCGUUCAUAAAGAAGGAGAAAUUUGGAAGCACAGAGUCUUUUGAAAAGCUGCAUCCAACUCCAUCCGGAGAAGAAAAUUACAUCGCUUUGCAACCGUCUCCUCAGUCGGAAGUGAAGUUUGACAAUCCUAUGUACAGCAUGAAGGAACAGCUCGGUGAUUUCAGUGACAAAGAGUGCUAGAUUCAAAAUGUUUAUUAUAUCAAUUACAAUUUUUUUUCUCUGUCGAGGAAUCGGUCAAAAAUGAUUAUUAUAAUUGUUUUAUCAAAACCAAGUUUUAGAUACGAAAAUUGGGAAUUAUUAUGCCUUUGAAAUAGGGAAUGUGAAUGUUGAGUGCAUUGAGUGUUUCUGAGUUUGUGAUUUUGAAUGAAUAAUUGUGUGUGACAAACUGUGGUCCGAACAUGUGUUGGGGUUUUUUUCGUACUAAAUAUGUUUUUCCUAAAGGCCUCAAUUAUAUGCUUCAUAUUGUCCAAGUGUGAUUGUAUAUAAUUUUUGAUUAACUUUAAAUCAUAACAAUCAAAUGCAACCUUUGUACUGAAUUUUUGUUUCUAUAUUGAUAACAACUCAACAUUCAAUAAAUCAUUCAAUUAAGCUUCGUGUCAUAAUCA